UGUAAAACUAAAAGUGCUACUGAAAUAAGCAAAGUUGUACUCAGUUACAUUUAUCUAUAUGGAGCUCCACGUAUUCUACAGUCUGACAAUGGAAAAGAAUUCCGGAACUCGCAUCUUAAAGAAGUUGUAAUACAAUUUGACACAGUCCAAAUGCAUGGUAGACCAUACCACCCACAAAGUCAGGGCAGAGUGGAACGUUUUAAUCGCACACUGACUGAGUAUUUUAGAAUUAAAAUGUCAGAACGUUCAGACUGGUCCGAUCAACUUCCUGAAUUUUAUUACGCAUAUAACAACAGGCUAAACAAGGCCACACGUCCAAAGACUCCAUAUCAGCUAUUUUUUAGUCGACCAAAUUUUGCUGUGCCGCUUGAUGAUCAGGUACCUUAUGCUUCUCUUACUAAAGAAGAACGAGACUUUUUAGAGCACGCCGAAUUAGAUGUUGAUGAAAAUGAGUCAGAGGAAGAACUCCCAGAAGUAUCUGUUGAUGUGCUACACUCAUCCUUAACUGAGGCUUCAGGUGGAAACCAAUUCGCCAGUACAAAUCAUAAUGAAGAGGAACUCACUUUACAUGACCAUGGCGUAAAUGAAGAACAUGGCAAUUUACCUCCAGAUUGUACCCAGGAAAAUGAUUUUGUAGUGCCCGAACCAUCAUUUUCACAAACUGUUAUUUUGCAAGAAAAUGUUAGUCCAUACUACAAACAAAUGUAUCAGAGAAAGUUUUAUAAUGAGCAAAAUAAAGAAAAUGUACUAGUUCAUCCACAGGUAUGUGAUUUUGUUGGGAUUUGUCUUUAA